AUGGCAACGGAGCAGUCAGGGAGCGGAACACAUGCCCCGCCGACCUGUCAAGCAGACAAAGAGCCCACGAUGAAUAUCGAAGACGUUACUAUCGAAAAGCUUACUGAGAGGUGCCGGAAAGUCUCCUUUAAAGUCACUCACCGAAUACUCGCCAUCUCUUACAGAAUUCCAUCAUCCGACGACAAGUACACAAGCAUAAUUGCGGCGUCUGGGUCUGUCAGGAAUCAGCAUGACAUCCUAGUCGGUUGGGCCCUUCGAAACGGUCUAAUUAGACUGAACAAAGGCUCACGCGAGGACCGCGGGAAACCUAAGCCGAACGACCUAUCAAAGAACUUACUGGUAAAUCUCAAGAAGGGUGACGAGAUAAGAGAUUCGCUUCAAGGUAUCGAAACGACUUUGGGCGAGAUGUCUGAGAUCCUGGAAUUCUUGACACGAAGAUAUGGAGCAGACGGAAGUACACCGGCUCCAGAUACUGGUGAUCAGGAAACGGGGCUCCAGCUCUGGAAGCACGUGGUACAACUAGCUUGUUAUAAUAAAAAACUCUUACAGUGCACGAAGACACUUGGAGAUCCGGGUCCACCUCAAACACACCUUUACAAAGUUCUAGAGAACGAUGAAGACAAGGAUUUCGGUAAAGAAGUGGUCGCGGAGAACUCUCACUCUGCGACCGGAGCUAUCGAAGAAACGAAAGAAACCGCGAAGGUCGAUAUCGUAGCACUUGCUCAAACUUGCAAAUCCGGCUACGACAAGGUCAUUCGAGUCCUCAAAGACGCGAACGAGGAGAUAGAAGAGAGUGAAACUGUCAGAAGAAUCGGAGUGCAGGGCUGGAUCUUGGAUAAGUGGAUAAAGCAGUACCAGAGGAAGCUUCUACGAGACGAAAAUCCUCUCCAUAAGAUGCUCCUCAGGUACCCCGGAGCUAGCGAAGCACGGUUAGAAUGGGUCCAAGAAAACAAGCACCGAGUGGAAAACAAGCUGGCGGUGGCACUUCGAGAUAUCGACAAGAUCUUGGGCGAGAUAUCGAAGGUCCUAGCGGGAAGUACAUCAUCCAGAGAAAUACCGACUUCAGAAUCAGACGCGGAGUCAGACAGUAGUAGCACAAAGUACGACCCAGAGCUCGAAGCGCUGAUAGAUUCACUUGUUGAGAACAACAAAAUUCUCUGGGAUGAACAUUGA